UUUAUUCAAUAAUGGCAACAAUGUUUUGAAAAAGUGCCGACAACAUCGGAGACGGAUGAGUAUAGACAAAAAAUUAAUUUAAUUUAAUAAUUUUUAUUGAUUACACCAGCUUUCUUUUUAUCUAAUUGAGAUAAAUUACCUAUUGUAUUAGAAGAUAAAGUCUGUACGGAAAUCAUGCCUUCUUAUAAAGUUAAAGUCAAAUGGGGUAAAGAAAUGUUCAAUGAUGUAGAAGUGAAUACUGAUGAAGAGCCAAUAGUGUUUAAAGCCCAGCUUUUUGCAAUUACUGGUGUCCCUCCUGACCGCCAAAAAGUAAUGAUCAAAGGAACUACCUUAAAGGAUGAGGCAUGGGGAACUAUCAAGAUUAAAGAUGGAGCAUCUAUUUUAUUAAUGGGAACAAAAGAAGAAUUGCCUCCAGAACCUGUAGAAAAAACAGUUUUUAUGGAAGAUAUGUCUGAUCAUGAGUUAGCAACAGCACUGGAACUACCUCCUGGCCUUACAAAUUUAGGAAACACAUGCUAUAUGAAUGCAACGGUCCAAUGUUUGAAAACUGUUCCCGAACUAAGAGCAGCUCUUAAAAAGUUUACUGGAGGUUCACCAUCCUCUCAUAGCGCUAUAGCUCCUGCUCAAGCUUUAACUGCAGUUUUAAGUGAUUUGUAUGAAGCUAUGGAUAAAUGUGGAACAGAGUUUCUACCAUUUAUUUUUCUGCAAGUCCUUCACAUGGCAGUUCCUCGCUUUGCGGAGAAAAAUGAACAUGGCGUUUAUCUCCAGCAGGAUGCAAAUGAGUGCUGGACAGAAGUCAUGAGGAUGCUACAACAAAAAUUGCCUUCAGUGCCGAAUGAAAUUCUAUCGGAUCAAGCGUCCGUAUCGAAAUACACAAGCUUUAUCGAUCAAUAUUUUGGAGGAUCUUUGGAUUCUACACUUAAAUGUAUUGAAUCUGAAGAUGAACCUGAAUCCCAUUUGAAAGAAAACUUUUUGCAGUUGAGUUGUUUUAUAUCAGCUGAUGUUAAGUUCAUGCUUACAGGAUUAAAACAACGGAUGCAAGAAACAAUAACAAAAUUUUCAUCCACAUUAAAUAGAGAUGCUCAAUACAAAAAAAUGAGCAAAAUUAGCAGGUUACCAGCUUACUUAACGAUUCAAUUUGUUAGAUUUUACUAUAAAGAGAAAGAAUCUAUAAAUGCUAAAGUCUUAAAAGAUGUUAAAUUUUCACUAGACCUAGAUGUUUUUGAAUUGUGUAGCGAAGAACUUCAAGCAAAGCUUACACCUAUGCGAGCAAAGUUCAAAGAAAUAGAAGAUAAAAAAGUUGAAGAAGCACAAAAGGCUAAACUGGCUCCGCAAGAACCACCACAAAAAAUUGACAAACAAAUGAAACGUAUGCCAUAUCAUUUUGAAGAUGAUAUUGGUUCAAAUAACAGUGGGUAUUAUGAAUUGAAUGCUGUUCUAACUCACAAAGGAAGGUCUAGCUCAAGUGGUCAUUAUGUUGCCUGGAUAAAACGGAAAGCUGAUGAGUGGUUCAAAUGUGAUGAUGAUACAGUUACAAUGGUUACAUCUGAAGAAAUAUUGAAAUUAUCUGGUGGAGGUGACUGGCAUUGUGCCUAUUUACUUCUUUAUGCUCCCAGAGUACUAGAAAUAGAAGAAAGCUCUUCUGAGAUGACUUCGUGAAAAGAACAAUUUUUGUAAAAAAAAUUUUCUUCAGUGACUGUGAAUACUUUGACGGCUAUUUCACUGUGUGAAAAAAAAAGUCAUUGUAUUCCUUUUCUUGUGUCCACUAAAAGUGGUCGCGGACUUAUUUUGAUACCUUUACAAACGAAAACUACAUGAAUUGUUACUUUGAUGCUGUGUUGUUUUUCUUUUUCUAAGCAAUAAAUGUACCUUGUUUUGAAGACUGA